AUGGAUGAGGAGCUGCUGGCCCUGCGAGAGCAGCUGGUGGCCGAGGCCACCUGCCCGUUGUGCCUGGAUGUGUUCGAGCAGCCCGUGCUCACGGCGUGCGGGCACAGCUUCUGCGGGCAGUGCCUGGCGGGCGUGCUGGGGGACCCCCCGCGCCCCGCCGCCUGCCCGCAGUGCCGCGCCCGGCUGCAGCCGGGCUCGCAGCGCCCCAACCGCGCCCUGGGCAACGUGGCCGGGCUGGCCCGGUCCCUGGAGGAGGUGGCGGCGCGGCCGCGGUGCCCCCAGCACGGCAAGGCCCUGGCGCUGUUCUGCGAGCCCUGCGCCGCCCUGCUCUGCGCGCCCUGCCGGGACGGGCCCGAGCACGGCCGGCACCGUGUGCGCCCCGCCGAAGAGGCCGCCCGGGAGCUGCGGGAGACACUCCAGAGAAACCUGCUUUCUUUACAAGAACAGAAAGAAAAAUUGGAGGGCAGAGGAGACCAGAAAAGUGAAGACCUGCAGGUGACGGUGAGGUCGGAGCUGCAGCGUGUGACCGAGACCUUUGAGGGGCUGCAGCAGUGCCUGGAGGAGCAGAAGGAGACCCUGCUGGGGCAGCUGGAGCAGAUGUCCCUGGAGCUGGUCAAUAAGAGCGAGGAAUACACGUGCAGGGUUUUGGAGAGGCAGUCGCUGCUGGACACGGUGAUUGCGCAGAUCCAGGAGCAGCGGGACCAGCCGGCGGUCGAGUUCCUCAAGGAUGUUGGCAGAAUCCUGAGCAGCUGUGAGGCAGCCAAGGCCCCGAUCCCAGAGCCAGUUUCCCCAGAGCUGCACAAGAGCAUUCAGAGCCUCACUUGGAGGAGCCAGCAGGUCGUGGACAUGGUGGAUAAAUUCAGAGGUAAAGCCCUGCUGGCUCUGUGCUGUGCUUCCCCUGGGCUUGGCUGGCAGUGGGGAAUCCUCACUGCCUGGUGCCUCUGCCUGGGGCUCAGGAGCAAAACGGCUGCUCCAGAUGGGAACCAUCCCCAGGAUGGGCUUUGCUGGAGCCUGGGGCUCCACAUCUGGCUUGCUGCCCUGCUGGGGAGCAGGACAGGUGCCACAGGAGAGACAUUCAUGCAUCUUCCUUUGCUUCUUCCAGUGAAACUGCAGAGUCAGAAAGAGUGGGGCAUAAGGGAGCAGGUGACGCUGGACCCAGAGACAGCGAAUCCUUACCUGAUCCUCUCGCGGGACUGCAAAACGGUCCGGGUAGGAGCUGAAAAACAAAACCUCCCUGACACCCCCAAGAGGUUCACAGGCAGCUUCAGUGUCUUGGGCUCCCAGGGGUUCACAUCUGGGAGGCAUUACUGGGAGGUGGAGGUCGGGGAAGAAGGCUGGUGGUCCCUGGGGGUUGCCCUGGAGUCCGUGCCAAGGAAGCAGCCACUCGACCUGCGGAGAUCUGAGAAGCUCUGGGUGCUGCUAAUGCAGUCGGAUGGCCAGUACAGAACAGUCUGCAUGACCCCACAGCCGCUGGCACUCAGGGAAAAACUGCAGAGAAUCAUGGUCUGCUUGGACUACGAAGGGGGCCGAGUGACCUUCUACAGCACAAAGGACAUGAGACUCAUCCAGCAGUUGGAGGCCACCUUCACUGAGAAAGUCUUCCCGUAUUUUUGGAUCGGCCCACAAGAUGCCCACAUCCGGGUGUGUGACUGACAGGGUGGGAUGGCUGCCGGGCCCCUGCCCGUGCCCUUGGCUGGCUGAGCAGGGAGGAGCUGUGGGAAUGACACGGCAUCCCUCUGCAGCCUCACUGCAGCUCUGCCUGGGCUGGACCCUCUCUGCAAUUUUCUGCAUCUCCUCCCGCUAAGUCCUUUGGAGCAUUAAAGAAGUGCUGUCCUG